AUGUCUUCCACCAACGCGAUCGGCAUCGACCUAGGCACGACAUACUCGUGCGUCGGCGUCUUCAAGAACGAACAGGUGGAAAUUAUUGCCAACGACCAGGGCAACCGCACAACGCCGUCCUAUGUGGCCUUCACCGAGACGGAGCGCCUGAUCGGCGAUGCCGCAAAGAACCAGGUGGCGAUGAACCCAAGCAACACGGUGUUUGACGCGAAGCGCAUGAUCGGCCGCAAGUACGACGAUCCCGACCUUCAGUCCGACAUGAAGCACUGGCCCUUCAAGGUGACCGUCAAGGAUGGCAAGCCCGUCAUCGAGGUCGAGUAUCAGGGCCAGUCCAAGAUGUUUUUCCCGGAGGAAAUCUCUGCUAUGGUGCUGCAGAAGAUGAAGGAGACGGCGGAAGCCUACCUCGGCACGACCGUGAAGAACGCCGUUAUAACCGUCCCGGCGUACUUCAACGACUCGCAGCGUCAGGCAACGAAGGAUGCCGGGGCUAUCGCUGGCCUCAAUGUGCUGCGCAUCAUCAACGAGCCGACCGCCGCCGCUAUCGCGUACGGCAUGGACCGCAAGGAAGAGAAGGGAGAGAAAAACGUGCUGAUCUUUGACCUUGGCGGCGGCACGUUCGAUGUGACGCUGCUGACGAUCGAGUCCGGCGUGUUCGAGGUGAAAGCGACCGCGGGUGACACUCACCUCGGCGGCGAGGACUUUGACAACCGCCUCGUCGACUACUUUGCCACAGAGCUCAAGAUGCGCUGCGGCAAGGACUGCCGCGCCAACGCCCGCGCCACGCGCCGACUGCGCACAGCAUGCGAGCGUGUGAAGCGCACGCUGUCGAGUUCCACGAUAGCGAACAUCGAGAUUGACGCGCUGUACGAGGGCACCGACUUCUUCUCGAAGAUCACGCGUGCACGCUUCGAGGAGAUGUGCCGCGAUCAGUUCGAGAAGUGCCUGGUGCCGGUGAAGAAGGUGCUGGAAGAUGCAGACAUGAAGCCGCAGGAAGUGAACGACGUCGUCCUUGUCGGUGGUUCGACCCGAAUCCCGAAGAUCCAGCAGAUGGUCUCGCAGUUCUUUGGCGGCAAGGAGCUAAACCGCUCCAUCAACCCCGAUGAGGCUGUUGCGUACGGUGCGGCGGUGCAGGCACACAUCCUCGCCGGCGGUCAGUCCUCCAAGACGGACGGGCUACUGCUACUCGACGUGACGCCACUCUCGCUUGGUGUGGAAACGUCCGGUGGUGUCAUGUCCGUGCUCAUCCCGCGCAACUCUACGAUGCCAGUGCAGAAGUCGCAGACGUACUCGAACAACGCCGAUAACCAGCGUAACGUGGAAAUCAAGGUUUACGAAGGCGAGCGCCCGCUGGUUUCGCAGUGCCAGUGCCUCGGCACCUUCACGCUGACCGACAUCCCGCCCAUGCCGCGCGGCAAGGCGCGCAUCAGCGUCACCUUUGACGUCAACACAGACGGCAUCCUCGUCGUGAGCGCUGUCGAGGAGUCGGGUGGUCGAAAGGAGGCCAUCACAAUAAAGAACGACACGGGCCGCCUGAGCAAGGACCAGAUCGAGAGAAUGGUGCAGGAGGCGGAGAAAUUCGCGGAGGAGGACAAAGCGAACAGCGAGCGCGUCGAAGCCCGCAACAUGCUGGAGAACUACAUCUUCUCCAUGCGCGCCACCCUGGACGACUCGGAGGUGCAGAGCAGCGUCUGCCAGGAGGACCGCCAGAAGAUCCAGGGCGCCGUCAGCUUUGCCGCGAACUGGCUCGAUUGCAACCCAGAGGCAGCCAAGAAGGAGUACAUGGAGCAGACGAAGGUUAUCGAGGGCGUCGCGCACCCGAUCUUGUCGGAGUACUACAAAAAGCGCGCCAUGGAGGCCCCGCCGAGCACUGGGGCAACGGCACAGGAGCACCAGGACGGUGCCGCCACGGGUGCUGCGCCCCACGCCGAGGACGUUGACUAA